AUGGGAAGUUUGAAGACUGAGACUUGGGAGCUGGCGGCUGCCAAGAAGCGCGAAUCUCUCGAUGCGUCGAUCCCCUCCGAAUGGCGUGUUCCCAAGGAUGAGCAUUUCGAACGCACUGGAAAGCCUAUCGGACCUUUCCACGGAUUGCCAAUCUCUCUCAAGGACAACUUCAACCUCAAGGGCCUCGAUGCCACAGUAGGCUUCGUAUCGCACAUUGGCGACCCUGCCGAAUAUGACGCCGCGCUCGCCAGUCUGCUGGAAGACGCCGGUGCCGUCUUCUAUGUCAAGACCAACGUGCCCACAGCGAUGAUGAUUGCAGAAUCGGUCAACAACGUCUUCGGUCGCACGGUGAACCCGAGGAACAGAAACCUUACCAGUGGUGGAAGCUCUGGGGGAGAGUCGGCACUUAUUGUAAUGAAGGGAAGCCCUCUUGGCAUUGGAACUGAUAUCGGUGGCUCUCUUCGCAUUCCCGCUGCUUGCACUGGUAUCUUUACUCUUCGCCCCUCUUUUGGUCGCUUCCCAACUCUGGGCUGCCGUUCUGGCAUGUCCGGUCAGGAGGCAGUACAGUCUGUCAACGGUCCCAUGACGCGCGCGAUUACGGAUUUGGAGCUGUACAGUAAAACCGUUGUCAACCGCAAAACUUGGCUUCACGACCCUCGUUGCGUACCGAUCCCCUGGCGGGACGUCCAGCUGCCCGAGAAGCUGAAGAUUGCUGUCAUGUGGCAUGAUGGCAUGGUCCGACCGACUCCGCCCGUCGCCCGCGCACUCAAGCAAACCGUCGAAAAGCUGAAAGCGGCUGGCCAUGAAAUUAUCGAAUGGGACCCCAAGGACCAGGCGCAAGGGCUGAGCCUGUUGGCCCGCAUGUUUGUUGCGGAUGGUGGUAUAUCCAUCAAGAAGGAGUUGGAGAAGACUGGAGAGCCUUUCAGGCCAGAAAUGAAGGCGUACGAGAUUGCUACGGAACUCGGAACUUACGACAUGUGGCAGUUGCACAUGGAGCGCACGGCGUUUCAGAAGCGGUACCUGGACCGCUGGAACGCUGCUGGUAUUGACGCGAUUCUCUGCCCCACAACGCCGUUCACCAGCGUUAAGAAUGGGGAUUAUAAGCACGUUGGAUACACCGGUGUCUACAACGUUCUAGACUACUCUUGCGUGUCCUUCCCCACGGGAUUAUCAGCAGACGAAAACUUGGACAUUCUCGACUCUACUGCAAAGCCUCUAGGACCAGACUGUGAGGCGAUCCAAUCUGAAUCCUUCAACUUGUUGCACGCCGGUUAG